AUGACUUCUCUGGGCCCCAAGCUCUACCGGGCAUCGCUCCUGCUUUGCCUCUUGCUGUUGCUGCUGCUAGUUCAAGGAGUGAAGCCCCUGAGUGGGCACCCAAAUGGGAAUGGGAGAAGCCAAAAAGAAGAGGAGGCCUCCCCAACAGGUGAGGGUGAAGAACAGCUAGAGGAACAAUUUGUGGCUUCAUCAAUUGGAGAGAUGCUACAGUUGCUGACCAUGGGGCACCCAGAAGAGGAAGAGGCAGACGUAGAGGUGGAGACGGAAGAGAGCGCAGCCGUUCCGCACCACAUCUAUGACCUGGCCUUUUGCUUCAACCUUGCCAGCAUCCUGGUUUUUUUAUGA